UUAUGGGUUGAAUUUAAUUCCGGAAUGCGGACCGUCCGUUCACUACCAGAGACAGUAAUUGUAAUUCUCAGCGGUGGCGAGGUCGAAACCUCAUCCGAAAAUCAAAUCCAAAACGCACACAUCGCAUCACACAGGAUGUUGCAACCGCCCUAGUCGUCAGUCAGGUGACGAUAACGAAAAAAGCGACGUGCGAUAUAGAGCUGCGCACCUUUAUUCCUUCCUGUGUGUGUGUUUAUCUUUUGUUCACCUUCUUGAUGACCUUAGCUUAUGGAAUUAACAGCUUUAGAUAAGAUGUUGAGCAGGUAUAUAGGUGCCAAAGUCGUUGACUGUCUUAACCGAUCCUUGAUCCGCCCAUGGGACCGCAUUUUUCAGACGCAGCCACGGUCAAUUGGGACCGACUUCAUCUCCUGUUUUUAUUAGAGGUGCCAUUAACGAGGAGGAAACUAUUGGGAGAAGGAAAUGCGCAUUUUUUUGGCGACAUGUUCAGUCAGUUCCCGACGCAGUCGGAGGGAAUUUCAAAAUCAAGGAGAAGAGAGACGUCGCAGUUAAGAAUAGCACCUGACUUUGGAUCCCGUGUGAGAUGAUGGCCCCAGGAACCACCGCCAGUUCUCUCUCUGUGAGAAAAAUAAAAAUAAAAUGCGAUAUGAAUCGACAGAGACACACAACUCCCCCCCGGAGCAAAUAGAGUCGGUGGUGCGCUUAUUCAAACCCGCCAAAGUUCCAGUUCCAGUGAAUGAUCGUCGUGUUCCACCUCUCUAGUCCUGUACCACAGGCAGGGCACGGAUUCUAUGCGUGUCCGUGCAUUUUCAUUCCAUCCAUCCAUCCGUCCGUUUCUUUGGAAGAAAAAAAGAAGAAGGGAGAGAGAAAGAGAAAAAAAGGUACAAGGAGAAAAGACGGUUGUUGAUUGGUUGACUUGCCUCUCUCUACCUGGCGCAGGUGAGAGAUGGGGUGGGAGGAGAGUUUUCAAAAAAAGAAAAAAACGGGUGAUUCUUGGCGUGUGUAUGAAAACACACAGAGAGGACGUAGACACCGGAGGGGAUAUUAUGGACCGCGGGUCGGCCGCUACGGUCGCCACUGCAGCGCCUAGUAGAGGCGAGAGACUGGCUCGACUUUAGUAGUGCUCGAGCAAGCUUCGGAGCUGGUAUCCAAGUGAAGGGAGCCCCCAACAACACGCAACAACAAUCUCUUCAAACACAAGACAGUAGUACUACAUACAAUACCGUUUUCUCUCUCUCUUUCCCUCUUACACCCUCCGCUAAAAGGAAAAGAGAGAAGUCAACUGUGAGAGGCUUCGCCGGAAUUUUCUUUGUCCCUUUCACAGAGUGCCCUCCGUUUGUCGACGUGUUGGGGGUAGAAGAAGAAAACAAAGUGCGUCCGAGUUCGGUUUAUUUUUUCUAAGGGGCAGGGAAAUAUUCGGCGUUGUUUUGAUUUCAUUUAUGUAUUUGGGGCUGUUGUACAACACAAGCUGGUCGUGUGAGUUGGAAAUGUUCCAGCAGCUGAAGAAGUAGCCCAGCACUUUUCUCUCUCUCCUUUUUUUUAGCCAUUCAAUUUUGGUUUUCCUCUUCUUCCUUGGCUGGAUCGGCAACAAGAAAAGAUCAAAUUCGAUGGAUGGAGAAGUUCAACGUCCGUUGGUCGCCAUCCUCGUUUCUCGUGUCAUCUCGUCCCCGCAGAAUUGUUGAUUGUGAAUUCGGAUAGAAGAAAUGUGCCGCUACUUUGAUGGGUCAUCUUGUUAAACGGUCGACGGAUUGUGACAGUGUCCAGUUAUCAUCCCGUUAGUUGAAACAAGAAGAAAUAGAAGCAAGCAAGCAAGCACCGUGUUCUUUGCCUCCUCGUACAAGAGAGAAAUAAUCCGAAGAAGAAGAAGAAGAAUAAAAAAGUGUUCCGAGAGAGAAAAUCGUGUCCGGGUCCCUGUGCGGAAUUUGUCUUUCCAUAUAAAGAGAAAACAAGGCAUUCUGGACAUGUUUUCAACCAUGUUGAGCGGCGGUGGUAACCGGCGGGCCACCAGUUUGGGCAAGGGUCACCUCAGUCAGGCGGCGGCCGCCCGACUGGCCCGCACUUCUUCCUGGAACGACGGCCUGGACGGCGCAGGAAUUCCAACGACUCCCUCGACAAACAACGACACCACUUCUUCUUCAGCAGCAGCAGCAACAGCAACAGGCCAUCAUUCGAUUCUAAGGGUGGCCGACGAGUCGACUCGACAACAACCGACUACACUGCAGCAACUGCAGGCCCAACAACAGGCCCGAAUGCGACGCAGUUCGAUGAGGCGGAUGGUCCGAUUCCGCAUGUCCGCCGGUUCCACCGGAGGUCCGUCGGCGGACGUUGACCCGAUCAACGUCUCCUCUGCCUCUCCUUCAGGUGAGGGUGGUGUUGACGGCGACGGCCAUCUUAGCGGGACAAAGAGUUGCAAUGGCCAGCCGCCGCAUUAUCCAUCGGCUAACGACGGAGCAGAUGCGACCAGCAGCGCCUCGGUGAGAAAUGAAUGCAGAGCUCUUGGCGGUGGUGGCGGCGGCCAUAAGAGUCUGAACGAGAGUCUCGGCAACGUUGGCAGCAGUACCAGCAGCAGUACCAGCAGCACGAGUAGCAGUUCGGGGGACGAGCGUUCCAGUCGGGCGGCGGUCCCGUUACUAUGGCAACCCAUGAACAAGCAGCAACCCCUGGCCAUGAUGGAGGAAACGAGCAACAGCAGCCGCAGCUCUGCCGCCAGCCCGUUCCCACCUCCGCUAUUGCCUCCGCCUCCUUUUUCUUCUUCAACUUCUUCUUCAACUUCUUGCCAGCGCUCGGGCGCCAUUCCGACGGCCUUCGUCAGUCCAGCCGUGUCGACUAGCGAAUCGGUGGCAGCUGGAAGCCGAUCCGCCAGUGAUGCGACAGCCACUCCAUCGUAUUCGUCGUCUACCUUUCAAGUUGAAUCCGAACAAGAGCCAACGAAUCGAUGGCCGUCUGCAACGAAUAACUCGGCCGCCGUAGUGUCUCAUCCGCCGACCGCCUCGCCAGUUAACUCUUCCGGGACCGGAAGAGAAGUGCUAGUGCGUCAAGUGUCGCGUUUCUCUGUCAUGCAGACGUCCCUGGAUGGGGACCAGCAGCAAUUGUCGUCUUCGGCUGCUGCCGGAACGGCUGGCGACUCUUUGGCCAAUCCGCCGCCGUCUGGCGAAUUGAGAGAUCCUUGCAGCAGCAGCAGCAGCGCCACCAUCGGCGUCCAUCGUCCCCUGACGUCGUCGUCGUCGAAUCAAUCGAGACGUCAACGCGGACGGAGUGGACGGACUCGUGAAGGUGGCGGCGGAGGCGGAGGUCAUUCACGGGCUCGGCGCCAACGUUCCAACAUGAGCGCCGCUUCCGGAACUUCACGCGCCUCGACCGUCUCGUCACCCGAUACGCCCAUUGUCCGCUCUCAAAGAAGGAGGAAUCGCAAUGCGGAUGGCAACGUCGAUCCCGAGGAGGAGUCGCGCCGGAAACUCGGCGGCAUUUGGCCGCACAACAUGUCGCCCAUGUUCGCCCUGCUGGCCGCCACCCUGGGCCUCUUCAACGUCUCCCGUUUCGCCCUGUUGAGCAUCGAGUACGGCGGCAACUUUAUCGUCCAGUUUAUGCUCCUGUCGUUCCUCUUUGGCAUCCCGCUCCUCUGCUUUCACGCCUGCCUCGGCCAAUUCCUCGGCUCCAACGUCAUCGACAUGUGGCGCAUCUCGCCCAUUUUCAAAGGAGUGGGCAUCGCUCUGCUCAUCGGCCAGGCCAUCAGCGGCAUCUACAGCAUCGUCGGCGUGGCCUGGAUGUUUUUCUACUUCCGCGAUUCCUUCAUCGCCCAGGAGGAUCGCUACAAAUGGUCAAAGUGCUACGAGCAAAUUCGCGGCUGCUCCCAACCCACCAACUAUUCGUUCAGCCUCGAAGAAACCAUUCCCGAUUACUUCCAGGCCCGGGUGUUGCAGCGCAGCGCUCCCUGGUCACCGCCACUCAGCUUCAUGUCUCUCAAGUUUGAGCUGGCCUUCAACUUGGCCGUUAUCUGGAUGAUCGUUUUCGUAGCCCUCGGCAAAGGGCUUCGUUCGUACGGCAAAGUGGUUUACGCCUUCGGCACGCUGCCCAUUCUCGGCUAUUUCAUCAUCUGCGUCAAGGUGCUGGGCUACAGCUCGUCGGUGCCGAACAGCGGCGUUGGAGGCGUCCUCGACCGGACUCCUUGGAACGAGUUUUUCACAGACACCAAAGUCUGGGUGAUUGCAGCCCGCGAGGUGUUUAUGACUUGGGGCAUGUGCGGCGCCAUCGUCAUGCAAAUCACGUCUCACAAUCGGUACGGGCACAGCUUGCGGCGUGACAUCACCGUCGUCAUUGGUCUCACGCUCUUCGUCCUCAUGUUGUCCGGCUUCCUGGCAUCCGCCUGCCUACAAAUCAUCAACUCUAGAGGCCCUUACGAAUACAUCAUGAGCUCAUUCGAAACGGACAAGAGUUACAGAUUCCUCAAGAAUUUGCGAUUCAUGCGACAACACCAACAGGCCAAUCUUCUCAACAAGCAAGAGGAAUUCCACAACAAUUUGGUGAUGGGAGUGGCUGUGCGUGAAGGUGACGACGGUCCGGGUGACCAUUCGGGUUACCAGCCGAUCCGACUGGCGACGGAAUUGUUUCCAGCCCUGGUGGCCAUCAUCGGGCCCACCGAGUUCUCGCCUUUUUGGGCCGUCCUCUUCUACUUUUCCCUGGUGGCGUUUGGCAUCGCCCAGCAGCUGGCCAUUUGGCAUUGCGUCAUCAACGGCAUCGUGGCCUUUCGCUCGUGUUGCCUCAAGUCCUGGGAGACGACCAUCACUUUUUGCACGUGCCUCGUCGGAUUCUUCCUCUGCCUCCCCCUCGCCACCGAGUUGGGGAUUUCCAUCGUUUACCACCUGGAUUACGUGGUGGGCUCGCUGUGGUGGCUCAUGAUCAUCUACGUCGUCCAAAUAGCGGCCGUCUUGAUUGUUCGCGGUCGGCCCUACAAUGGCGAAAGUAUCGUGGCCGUCCUCGUCAAAGGGCCCGGCUGCAUGGCCAACUGGUGCGUCCCCAUGCUCACUUUCUCGUGGAGCGUCGUUUUGCCCGUUGGACUCUUGGUGCUGAGUGUGUCGUCUUUCAAAAUGGGCCAUUUCUGCGACAUGUUCAAUUGGCGAAUGACCGAAGGCUACGCUUAUUGGCCCCUUUGGGCCCGUCAGGCUGGGUCCAUGCUUCAAUUGAUUCCUAUCCUUCUCAUUCCAGCCGUCGGCCUCAUCCAGUGCAUCCGAUAUCUCUCUUCCGGCCCGUCUGACUUGUUUGAUAGGAUCAAAUUACUUUACCGGCCAAACUUCCGAACGUACCUCAUCCCGAGCCAGUCGUCUUCCCGCACUGCAUCCAGGUCGUCGCGCAGUCAGCAGAGGAGCGAGCGGCGCAGAUCGGGUCGUUCCUCACGAUCCCGUUCGCGCUCGCCAUCGCCUAAUCCGGCAACGUUUCCCGAUCCGCCGCCCAAAUACACUCCGCCUCCGACCUACAACACGGCCACUGGAGCGCGGAUUGCCAAAAUGUUGCGCGAGAGCAUCCGGCGCAGUUUCCGCCAGAUCCGCGACAUGACGACCCCCGUCCACACUCCUGGCAACACGGUGACGAGCAUGGCCGCCAUGGCCGAAAUGGAUUUGGGAAGAGAUCACCACCACCAGACGUCCAUCACUUCCGCUUCCAGGCACUUGCCUCCAGCUUACACUUCCGUCAUCCUGGAAAUGCGCAGCCAUGGAUCGGAAAGUCUCCGGCCGGGCAUUCUCAGCGACCGUCUCUCCCAGUUGGUGGACUGCGAAAGUACCGAAGCCUCGACGUCCGGCAGCAGCAGCGCUUGUUCCAGCACGACCGAUUGCACUGGUGGAACGACCAGUUCCAGCAGCUCAGACACGACCAGCAGCAGCGUCCCCAUGACGGCGGCCGAGCUGACCCGCCUCUUGCGCGAAUCCUUCCGCCGCAGCGCUCGCAGCAGUUUGCGCUUCAUCCGCAAGAACAUGGCCAAGCCAGCCGCAGACACGGAGCGGUCCGUCACCGAUGACGACGACACGACCGACACGGACCAAGGCGGCGGCCGUCAUUUGGUCAACGGGGCCGUCCGCAUCCACCGCGACCCGUCCCUGUCCAAUGUCGUCGUCACUUUACCCAACGCCACUGGCAAUCACUCGGAAAGUAUCGCCUGAGCCCCCGCAGCUUCUCAUUUCCUGCCUUAUACACCUUGGAUUUUUUGUCCGGCCUCUCGUUUCCGUCCGUCCCGAUCUGUUUUUAUCAUCGAACAAUUCCGCGCAAUUCUUGUCUGUAAAAAAAGGGAAAAUUAUUAUUUUUUGACUGCCGUCGAUUUUGACCCUUCGUUCUCUCCCUCCAAUAUGGCCUCCUCCCUUUCUGUUUAUCACCCCCUGCACUUGGGAGCAGCCCCGUACCAUUGCGUCACUAAAUGUUGUUCCCAGUCGAGCGAUUGUUGCGACCAGCCAGCCACAGAAUGGAAGUCUAUAACUGGAGCUCUCUUUCUCUUUCUUUGUAUAUUCUAACGAGAGACCGUUGGAGGACUUUGCGAUUGCAUCAAACAGCGCAGCAGCAGCAGCAGCUUAACCACAAAGGGAAAUUGGGCUAAAUGCCGACCAAGUGAAAUGUGGCUGCAAUCGAAAGUCUGAUGACGUGCCUUUAAUUUUCCCCCAAACGAAUAGGGUCAACAGCCACGUUGUUGCUAUUUGAUCAGACUAAACAAACAAAACAAAACAAAACAAAAAAAAACACAUAAAAUUAUUAUGCGAAUAAUAUCUAAUUUGGAUGGCAACUGCAAUUCUACGAUUUCUUUUUUGAGGGGGGGUUCUCUUGUUCGCGUGACAAAAACAGGAUUUCUAACAUUUGGCUUGAAUUUGUUUCCGACUUUUGCUGUGUAUUUUUGUGUAUGAUUCGUGUGUCGAUGUACAGACCUAGUCAGAUGAAACCGCGCCUGCAUUUUUCUGUCGCCUCUUUUGUUGUCUGAUGAUUUGACGGUAAGUUUUCAUUUGAGACUCUCAACGUCCGACGAUUUUUGUAUCAUUUUUUUUUAUUGUAAUCUCUUUUUCUCUUGUUGAUGUUGACGUUUUCACUUCACCUUUCCCUCCUCGCCGCCUCUCUCCCUUUGACCUUAAUUGACCGUUUGAUUUUCCUCAUUGAAUUAUUAUUGCUGAUGUCUACGUAUUAAACGCCUUUAAUCGGUUCAA